AUUCAGCUUCUUCCAAAGGAUGAGAUGUACACUCCUCCUAUUGUGCUGAAGGUGAUCGACCACCGUCCGUUUGGCAGGAAGCCUGUGGUUGGUCAGUGCACCAUCACGUCACUGGAGCAGUUCAGAUGUGACCCAUAUGUCAUAGUUUCAGAGGGAGCCAGGGCCUCCAAGAUGGCUCUGAUGAUGACGGCGCCACGUAAAGAUGUUUCUAUCACCAUGGAAGAGGCCCGGCCGCUGUUGGAGGCUCAGCAGGCAGAAAAGGAAAAGGAAACGGUUGAUUGGUGGAGUAAAUUCUACGCUUCAGUUGGAGACCAGCAGAAAUGUGGUCCUUACAUAAGAAAAGGCUACGAUACCCUUAAGGUGUAUGACUGUGAGUUGGAGACUGUCCCAGAAUUCAAGGGGCUGACUGACUUUUGCAACACGUUCAAGCUGCAGAGAGGCAAGAAUGAAAAUGGGGACGAAGACCCCACCGUGGUCGGAGAGUUCAAGGGUGCGUUCAAGGUGUACCCCCUAUCAGAUGACCCAGGUGUUGCUCCUCCACCCCGACAGUUCAGAGAGCUGCCGGAAAGCGGACCUCAGGAGUGUCUGGUCAGGAUUUAUGUGGUUCGGGCGAUUGACCUUCAGCCUAAAGACAACAAUGGCAGGUGCGAUCCAUACAUAAAAAUAUCAGUGGGCAGGAACACACUUGAUGACAGAGAUAAUUAUUUGCCCAACAACAUAAACCCUGUGUUUGGAAGGAUGUUUGAGAUGACCUGCUUCUUGCCUCAAGACAAGGACCUGAGAAUCGGGGUUUAUGACUAUGAUCUCUUGACUCGAGAUGAGAAGGUUGGCGAGACAGUGAUCGACCUAGAGAACCGCUUCCUGUCUCGAUAUAACUCCUACUGCGGCCUUCCUCAGACCUACUGCGUGUCUGGCAUCAAUCAGUGGCGGGAUCAGCUGAAGCCGUCGCAAAUCCUGGAGAACCUGGCCCGUCUAAAAGGCCUGUCCAAACCCAAGACGGAAGAUAAUGGCACAUCACUUACUUUCAACGGAAAAGAGUACACAUUGGCCCAGUUUGAGGGUAACACGGAAGUUCACCAGCACUUGGGUCCACCCCGAGAACGACUCUGUCUGCAUGUCCUUCGAACGCAGGGACUGGUUCCUGAACAUGUGGAGACCAGAACCCUUUACAGCUCCUUCCAGCCUAAUCUGUCUCAGGGUCGGCUACAGAUGUGGGUGGAUGUCUUCCCAAAAAGCAUGGGACAGCCUGGUCCUCCCUUCGACAUCACGCCCCGCAAACCUAAGAGGCAUUUCCUGCGAGUCGUCAUCUGGAACACCACGGAUGUAACUCUAGAUGAAACCAGCAUCACAGGAGAGAACAUGAGUGACAUCUAUGUGAAAGGGUAUAUAUAUCUUCUUUUCUUUAAAAAGGAAGCAACUUUACAAUUCAAACCUUAUUGUGAAUUUAAUCUAAUCCAAAAACGGUCAAUGUUAUAUAUCUAUGCACCAAAAUCUUCUAAUAGUAGAUGUUGAAGGUUCUAGAAAGCA